GUUCAGGGAGAGUGAGUCGGUAUCUACAGAGCAAGGACCUUAAAGUCACUGUGUUGUUUAUCGUUUCCAUAAAUUCGAGGGGAAAACGGGCAAACCCGACACUAAACCCCAUCAGGCCAACUCCUCUCAGCUAUCAAUUGAACCACAAUCAAUCUUCAAAGAUCUCAACACCAGACCAAACACUACCACAACCCCCAAAACAAGACCAAAUGGCCGCCCCAACACAAGAACAGCUCAAAACUCUCGAACAAUCCCGCCAGCGACUCAUCCAGCUCACGCGCUCCAUCGGGUCCCUAAUGCAAAGUCUCCAGCGCGGCGAUCCUCUACCACCAUGGUCCUCCCUCCAAUCCCAAGCAAGCAUCAUCUCCAACAACCUCCUCAGCGUCUCCGAACACCUCUCCGAUAACCGUGACCUUCUCACCUCGCUCGUUGCCUACCCGGGCCCUGAUUUCCCGGGUCGGACGCAAGCUCACACGCUUGAACAGGUUCUGCGGACGAAACUGGACCCCCGCGUUGAGGACUGGGUUGCACGCGGUCGCAAGGCGGGGACGUCGGCGCUCGAGGAUAAAUCCGGGUUAUUGGAGGCUGAGCUCGCGGAGUUGUGGGAUUGGGCACCGGUCGAGGCGAAUCAGGAGGCGAGGCGGAGAAAUUGGGGAGGGAAUUUUACGCUCGAGGAGCGGGAGAUGGGGGUGCAGAAUGUUGUGACCGGGCUGGCGAGGGUGUUGGAGGAUGAGGGGAGUGAGAGUGAGAGCGAGGAGGGGGAGGAGGGGGAGGAGGAGGAUGAGAUGGAGAUUGUGGGGGUUAGGAGGCAGCCGGCUGGGGCUGGGUUUGAGUUUGAUAUUGCGCCUGUUUCGGCGGCGGCGCAGCAGCAGGUAGCUGUUGAGCCGGCUGUGCCGUUGGAGGAUAUUUUGAGGUAUAUGACUACUGGGGUUUCGCCGGGGAAACGGUGAUAAUUAUUGGGUGGUUUUGUACGGGGUUACGAAUGGGAAUA